UCUCCUUCGCAUUUUCCAGUUCCAAGUCUCCAGUACAUUCUCGGCGCCCUUUCUUUUCGGUCAUUGGAGAUCACUCUCUUUCAAGAACCUCAGUACCCUAACUCCACCUUCUUCUUGACCAGCACCGGCCAUCCCGUGUAGGUCACAACCACUCCGGCAACCUUCAACAAGCUUGAUUUUCUACUGGGUAUUUAGACAAAGAUCUAACCUCACUCUUAAUACAAAAGCAGAGUAGAGAAAAGAUGCAUGCACCCGUUCUCGUUCUCAAGGAUUCUUUGAAACGCGAGUCUGGAACCAAAGUACAUCAUGCAAACAUCCAGGCUUCGAAGGCUGUUGCAGACAUUAUCCGCACCACCUUGGGUCCAAGAUCCAUGCUGAAGAUGUUGCUUGAUGCUGCUGGAGGGAUUGUGGUUACAAAUGAUGGGAAUGCCAUCCUGCGUGAGCUAGAUCUUGCACACCCAGCAGCAAAGUCAAUGAUUGAAUUGAGCCGCACACAAGAUGAAGAAGUAGGCGAUGGGACAACUUCUGUCAUUGUUCUUGCUGGAGAGAUGCUUCAUGUUGCUGAAGCCUUCAUUGACAAGAAUUAUCAUCCUACGGUCAUUUGUCGAGCCUACAAUAAAGCUUUGGAGGAUGCAAUUGCUGUGCUUGACAAAAUUGCUAUGUCUAUUGAUGUCAACGACCGUGCAGCCAUGUUAGGCCUGGUUAAGAGCUGUAUAGGCACAAAGUUCACUAGCCAAUUUGGGGACUUAAUUGCUGAUCUGGCAAUUGAUGCCACUUCCACAGUCGGGGUUGAUCUUGGCCAAGGAUUGCGAGAAGUGGAUAUCAAGAAGUACAUCAAGGUUGAGAAGGUACCUGGUGGCCAGUUGGAAGAUUCUAAAGUUCUUAAAGGAGUCAUGUUUAACAAAGAUGUGGUUGCCCCUGGCAAAAUGAGGAGAAAGAUUGUAAAUCCACGUAUUAUUCUUCUUGAUUGUCCUCUUGAGUACAAGAAAGGUGAGAACCAAACAAAUGCGGAGUUGGUUAAAGAAGAAGACUGGGGAGUCCUACUGAAAAUGGAAGAGGAAUAUAUCGAGAACAUGUGCAUGCAGAUACUAAGAUUCAAACCAGAUUUGGUUAUCACGGAGAAAGGGCUUAGUGAUUUGGCAUGCCAUUAUCUGAGCAAGGCUGGUGUCAGUGCAAUCAGGAGGUUGAGGAAGACAGACAAUAAUAGAAUUGCCAAGGCAUGUGGGGCUGUCAUUGUUAACAGACCAGAUGAACUGCAAGAGUCUGAUGUUGGUACUGGAGCUGGGCUAUUUGAAGUUAAGAAAAUUGGGGAUGAGUUCUUUUCUUUUGUUGUUGAUUGCAAAGAUCCAAAGGCUUGUACGGUUCUCUUGAGAGGUGCCAGUAAGGAUCUCCUGAAUGAAGUGGAAAGGAAUUUGCAGGAUGCCAUGUCUGUGGCCAGGAACAUACUUAAGAACCCAAAACUUGUUCCUGGUGGUGGUGCUACAGAGUUAACUGUCUCUGCAACCUUGAAGCAAAAGAGUUCAGCUAUUGAAGGAAUAGAAAAGUGGCCUUAUGAAGCUGCUGCCAUAGCUUUUGAGGCUAUACCACGAACUUUGGCACAGAAUUGUGGUGUUAAUGUGAUUCGGACGAUGACCGCCCUCCAAGGAAAACAUGCAAAUGUUGAUAAUGCAUGGGCUGGCAUAGAUGGGAACACUGGCGAAAUCACUGAUAUGAAAGAGAGGAAGAUUUGGGAUGCCUAUAAUGUGAAAGCACAAACUUUCAAGACAGCAAUAGAAGCAGCUUGCAUGCUUCUGAGGAUUGAUGACAUUGUAAGUGGGAUCAAGAAGAAACAGGCCCCAGGAGCAGGCCAAGCUCCAUCCAAGCCUCAGAUUGAGACAGAAGGAGAUGCAGACGGUGAGCAGAUGCUCCCUGAUUGAAGAUUUUGACCUGUCUUUCCUUCAAGUAUUUGUCAAAGUUUGUCUUUUUCUCAUUUUCUGGUUGCUAAACAAUUUUCUGUAGGCGUGAUUCUACUUCUUGUUUCGCUGUUGUUUUCAUCAAGUGGAGGAAUUUCAUAUUAUUAGUUGUCAAAUGAGUUGGGGAUA